AUGGCGCCUAAAGAGUUCGAACCCCCCGUGCACACGAUUCCGGUCGAUUCGGAAAACAAGGCGAUGUCUUUGAACAUCUUCUCGUUCCAACGACCGCACCACAUGUCCUUCCACAUGUCCUGGAUUGGAUUUUUCAUCUCCUUCGUCUCCACUUUCGCGGCUGCGCCGAUGGUCCCGGUCAUCCGUGAGGAUUUGAACAUGACCAAGCCGGAUCUCGGGAACGCCGCGUUGGCGUCGAUUACCGGCACCAUCAUCUGCCGUGUCUUGAUGGGCACGUUCGUCGACCUCGUCGGCCCGAGAAUUGGUCUCGGUAUGAUUUUGUUAGUCACUGCUCCGUUCUGCUUCGCUAUGCCGUUCGUCAGCACUGCGUCUGGAUUUUUGAUUUGCCGUUUGGGCAUCGGGCUCGGUCUCGCGACGUUUGUCGCGUGCCAAUUUUGGAUGUCCGUCAUGUUCAACGGUAAGUGCGUCGGUAUCGCUAACGCCACGGCCGCUGGCUGGGGUAACCUCGGCGGUGGUGUCACGCAAUUCGUCAUGCCGUUGGUCUACGCUGGUAUGCUCAAAGCUACGGAAGAACGCGCUUUCACCGCUUGGAGAUGGGCGUACAUCGUCCCCGGUUUGGCUCACCUUUUGGGCGGUAUGGGUGUCAUGUUCCUCGGACAAGAUUUACCGGACGGUAACUACAAACUCAUGCACACUUCUGGUGCUCUCGAAAAGAAAUCUGCGUUUCAAGUCAACAUGAUUGGCAUGAAGAACUACAGAAUGUGGUGCAUGGUUGCGACGUACGGCUUCUGCUUCGGCGUCGAGUUGACCAUGAACAACAUCGUCGCUUCGUACUUGUACGAUCAAUUCGACGUCGAUUUGGCCAUCGCCGGUGUCUUGGCGUCGUGCUACGGUUUGAUGAACUUAUUCGCGAGAUCUGUCGGUGGUCUCGCCUCUGACUGGGCCUCUAGACGAUUCGGUAUGAGAGGAAGAUUGUGGUGCUUAUGGCUCUGGCAAACCAUCGAAGGUGUCAUGUGCAUCUUCAUGGCUUUGGCGAAAGACGAUUUGGCCACCACCAUUGCUAUGAUGGUCUUGUUCUCCAUUUGCGUGCAAGCGUCUGAAGGUGCCUCCUACGGUAUCGUCCCGUACAUUACGAGACGUGCUUUGGGCGUCGCCUCUGGCUUCAUCGGCGCCGGCGGUAACGCCGGUUCCACCAUCUGCAUCGCCUUGUUCUUCACCAGCGAUUCCAUCGAAACCUACGACGGUAUCAUGUACAUGGGCAUCACCAUCAUCGCCGUUACUUUGUUGGUCAUUCCGAUCCACUUCCCGAUGUGGGGCUCCAUGUUCCUCGGUCCGAACGACUCCACCGAGGAAGACUACUACAUCAAAAACGACUUCUCUGCGGAAGAAAUCAAGCAAGGUUUGGCCGCGCCGGUCCAAAAGUUCUGCAACAACGCGCACAUGGAACGCCCGCCCUCCAAGAGAACUGGCUCGGAAUCCGCGUAA